AUGGCUUCGACAACGACAACAACGCCGACGACAGCGUCCAACGAUCAUACGGACACUGCCAUCAUCGUCAUCAACAUCGUCCUCGCGGUGAUAGCCACCGUUACCUGCGCUGGACGAUUCUGGGCGCGAAAGCUCACGGGAGUAGGAUGGGGCCUUGACGACUGGCUGGCGCUGGCCAGUUUGAUAGUGAACCACGCGUUCUGUGCCAUCACUGUUGAGGCGACGGUCAAUGGAGGUCUAGGUCGGAGCAUCGUGGUGGUGAUGGCGGAGAACCCGAUGCAGUUGAUCACAUUUCUGAAGUGUGUUGUCGCCGCUGAGUUCUGCUACGGCUUUUCCUCGCCUUUGAUCAAACUUUCUCUGCUGGCCUUCUACUGGCGCGUGUUCCCAACGCCAUUCAUGAAGAAGGGUAUCUACGCUUUGUCAGCGGCAUGCAUCGGCUGGGGCGUCGCCAUUUUCAUCACCAACUGCCUGCAGUGCCGUCCACUGUCGUACACAUGGGAGCAGACGACCAACCCAGGCGCUGGAACAUGCAUUGACUUGAUUCUGUAUUUCGUGGGCAACUCCAUCGCCAACAGUCUCAUCGAUAUCUUGACCUUGGUGCUGCCGAUUCACGAGACCAUGAAGCUGCAGGUCAGCUCGAGCAAGAGAGUGGGCAUCUGCUGUGUUUUCGCUCUUGGCAGCCUCGUCGUAAUUGCCAGUUUCGUCCGCUUCGGAUCUCUGGCCUCUCUUUACUCCAUCGGUGUGACGGACAUGACCCAGCAAUACGCUCUCAUGUGGACUGCCACCGUCGUGGAGAUCUACGUCGCCAUCAUUGGCGCCUGUGCAGUUACUCUCGUGCCCGUCUAUCGCAAGAUGCGUUACGGCACUCCCUGGUCAACUCGUGAUCAGAAGUCCAACCAAAUUUCGUCGAAUCCUGCUUUCGGUGGCACUGGCGGUGCCGGAGGUUCGCGACCUGGAGUCCAUCACAACUUCAAGCGCUCCGCAAACCACGAACGCCUGAGCACAGGCAACGAUUCGGAGGAGUACCUGCACCACGGCAGUGGCAUGAGGUACUCGGUGUCUGGAGCAAAAAGCCCCAAGCGUGAAGAGGCGAGCGACGAUGUGCCCAUGGACACGAUCGUGGUCCAGAGAGAUGUUACUUGGGAGGAGGAGCGAAAGGUGCGACAGCACGUCUAG